UUAGUACUUAUUUUUCCGAAAGCAAAUCAGCCGAAUGUUUAGAAUUACAUCUAAGACAUUUUAAAAUGGAAGAUCUAGAAAUUAUAAUCGGAACUUACGAAAACUUAAUACUUGGUUAUAAAGUAAUCAGGAAUAUUAGUGGAAAUGGAAGCUACAGCUUAGAGACAAGCUUUACUGAUGAUUCACACAGAGGAGCAUUAAGAUGCAUGUCUGUUUCAUCCAGUGGAGUAUUGGCUUCCAGCAGUACAGAUGAUUCUAUCAGGCUACACAAUCUCAGGAAAAGAAAGGAUGUCGGUGGUUUGUUUGAACACUCUGGGACAGUGAAUUGCUUAACAUUUUUUGGACACAAUCAUAUGUUUUCUGCCAGUGAAGAUGGAACCAUAUGCAUGUGGAAAUCAAAGGGAUGGGAAAUGUUAAGGACGCUAAAGGGACACAAAUCACAUGUAAUGGCAAUCGCUGUUCAUAGCAGUGGAAAGUUAGGUCUUUCAGUUGGUGUGGACAAAAGCUUUUUGACCUGGGACUUGGUUACUGGCAAGUUGGCAUUUCAAAGAAAAUUAAAAGAAGUUGCUCAGAAUAUCUUCUUUACAUCAUCUGGAGGUCACUAUGUCUUGAUUUACCAGAAGAAAAUUGAAGUUUGUUCUCUUGAGAACACAAAGAUAGUACAGGAGAUAAAUAUCAACUGGAGGAUAAACACAGUUUGUUUUAUUCAGGGUGAUAUAAUGGCAGUGGGAGGCGAUGAUUCUAAAGUUCUGGUAGUCGAUGUCAUGUCUGGUAAAACACUUCUUACUUUAGACUGUACAGGACCUAAGGAGGAGAAAUUUACCAGCAGAGUUAAGUGUAUAUGUGCAGUAUCUUGUAUGGAAAGUACAAUUCUAACCAUAGGAAUGGCUAAUGGAAAUAUAAAAGUUUUUAAACUUUUGCUUCAAGAGGGAGAAGAAGAAUUUGAAAAUAUUUUUUUCUACGAAACAAAAGUGCGCCUGACAUGCCUUGCUGUAUUUAAUCACAGAGAAAAGGGUCGAAAUGAUGAAGUUGAAGUCAGUGAAAAUAAAAAAUCACACCUUGUAGUGCAAGAGGACGUCAACCUAACAAAAAAUAACUCAAAGGAUAAAUCUAAAGUUUUGUCAAACAAAAAAGCCAAGAAGUUGCAGUCCAAUGUUUCACCUAAACCAGUCAACAAAAAAAGAAAGAUAGAGCAGGAUUCAGAAGAUGAGGAAGAAGAAUCUUCAAGUGAAGAACACAAACCUCAACCACCAAAACAAAAACAGAACCCUAAGAAAGCCAAAUCCACUCCAGAAGAUAAAAUGCAAAAUAGAGGAAGAAAUAGGCAAAGAAAAAGAAAAGUAGAGCAAUGUUCAGAGGAUGAGGUAGAAGAGUCUCCAAGUGAGGAACAAUCUCAAACACCAAAACAAAAAAAUGGUAAAAAGAAAGUUCAACCCACUUCAGAAGAAAAGAUCCAAGAUAGGGGAAGAAGUAAGCAAAGAAAAACUACCCAGAAUUCAUCAGGACAAAAGAAGAAAUUGAAAAAUAAAUAAUCAUUCACACGAAUGAAGAUAUUUACUUGUUAACAAUUUAUCUUUUAAUAGUUUUUAUAAACACUUCUUGUUUGUGUGUUAUCUUCUACAUGUUUUAAUAAAUGUACC